GCGUUAGGUUCUCACGUUUGAUAUGCUCGGGAUUCUAAUGAAUGGCUACAUAAAGGAAACGUUUGCCAAGAACCACAUCCUCUCACAACUACUGAGAUUAGUUAUUUCUCUUGAAAGGAGCAAUAUGGUGCAAGCAGAAUGCAUAUUCCCACAUUCGUUGAAUUUGAGCCCACUGAAAUGCUGUAAUGUGAGAAGAGAAUGACCAUUAGAGAAAUGUGACACUUAUGCACACUCAGACUGUCUCCACUUCACUUGGGAAUGGAUUAUUGUGAUUAAAUUCAUCCCUCCUUAAGGUUGGAUAUUGACCAGGUGGGAAUGCAAAAGUCUGGCUGGUAAUAAGCACCCUGCCUCUCAGACAUGCCCAGACGGGGGCUUCCUCUGCAGGGGCGGGCACGCUGGCUACUCCUGGGUAUAUUCUUGAUCUUGGUUCUGCUACUUUUUGCUUACCUGCUCGAGUGCACCCCUCCUGCAGAUGUGAGUCAGGUGCUCCCAGGCCUGGGAGUAGAGCCGUAUGGAAAGGAAUACUAUCAAACCCUCUUGCAGGAGCAGGAAGAGCGGCAUCUUACCCGAGCAGCCAGUCUCAAAAGGCAAAUUGCACAGCUCAAACAAGAACUUCAGGAGAUGAGCGAAAAACUUAGGGUUCUUCAAGAAAAGGAGGCGGCUCCAGGACCACAGAGCCUGAUUGAUGGCAGGGAUCAGGAGCCCAGUGACCUGUUGGAGUACCUGCACUCACAAAUCGAUAAGGCGGAGGUGAAUACCGGGGCAAGGCUGCCGAGUGAGUAUGCACUGGUUCCCUUUGAGAGUUUCACCACCUCGAAGGUCUACCAGCUUGAGAUGGGAUUGACACGCCAUCCCGAGGAGAAGCCUGUACGGAAGGACCGGAGAGAUGAGCUGGUGGAGGUUAUAGAAGCAGGUUUGGAAAUUAUUAAUAACCCAGAAGAAGAUGAUGGACACAAGGAUAACAUCCCUGUGGCGAGACAAGCAUUCACAGAAAGCCACUUUUUUGAAGGACUCUACAGAACAGAGAGGGACAAAGGUUCACUGUAUGAGCUCUAUUUUGCUAAAGAGAAUUCCCACGAGUACCAUCACGUCACCCUCUUCCGUCCAUUCGGGCCCCUGAUGAAAGUGAGAAGUACGUCUGUAGACACUGCCAGCAAUGUCAUUAACAUCAUAGUGCCACUGUCAGGCCGAACAGAAGCUUUUGUUCAAUUCUUAAACAACUUCAGGGAGGUUUGUAUACAACAGGACAAACGGGUACAUCUCACAGUGGUGUAUUUUGGGCAGGAGGGCUUGCAGGAGGUGAAGGCAUCUCUGCAGAAAAUGUCCAGUGAGGAAAACUUCAGUAACUACACCCUGAUCCCUGUGGAUGAAGAUUUUUCCCGUGGCCGUGGUCUGGACAUUGGAGCUCAUGCCUGGGAGAAAGGCGGUGAUGUCUUGAUGUUCUUCUGUGAUGUCGACAUCUACUUCACACUUGAAUUCCUUGCUACCUGUCGACUCAAUACAGCUCCAGGAAAGCGAGUUUUCUAUCCUGUGGUAUUUAGUUUGUAUAAUCCAGCCAUAGUUUAUGGAAAUCUUGAUUUGCCACCUUCUAUUGAACAUCAGCUGAUUCAUAAAAAAGAUGCAGGAUUUUGGAGGGAUUUUGGAUUUGGAAUGACUUGUCAGUAUCGUUCAGAUUUUCUCAGCAUUGGAGGAUUUGACCUGGAAGUGAAAGGUUGGGGUGUAGAAGAUGUCCACUUGUACAGGAAGUACCUACGGAGCGACCAGAUUGUGAUACGCACGCCUGUGUCAGGCCUGUUCCACCUUUGGCACGAGAAGCUGUGUGCUGACGAGCUGACUCCUGAACAAUACCGCAUGUGCAUCCAAUCCAAAGCCAUGAAUGAGGCAUCACACUCUCAUCUGGGCAUGCUUGUGUUUAGGGAGGAAAUUGAGACUCACCUUCGAAAGCAGGCCUUCAAAACUCUGAGUAAACCAACAGAAUGA